CCUCGAAACAGGAAAUCCAUUUCAACCAGAUCCAAGCUAUUCAAAGGAAGAAGAAGAAGAAAAAGAAGAAGAAGAAGAAGAAGAAUCUCAACCCCUUCUAUUUUCUUUUUCUCAACAGCACACAGUACUCUUCCUAAAGACACACCAUAAGACAAAAUAACCUUUCUUUUUAACAAAAUUGUGAAAUUGAGUUGAUUUGAAGUCAAAAUGAAGGAUGAUGAUUCUCUUCCAACAUCCACAGCGGCGGCGACGGUAACGGGAACGGCGACAAUUACGAAGAAGGAAAGCUCCGAUUCUAAUAUAUUUGGGAAAGGCCGGUAUAAGUUCUGGGCUUUAGCUGCCAUUUUGCUUUUGGCAUUUUGGUCAAUGUUCACCGGAACAGUCACUCUUCGUUGGUCUGCCGGUAAUCUCAAUAGUCUAUCCGAUGACUUUGACGCUCCCAUCCACGACGACCUCGACGUCCUUGAAAUGGAGGAAAGGGAGAAGGUUGUGAAGCAUAUGUGGGAUGUAUACACCAAUAGCCGUCGGAUCAGAUUACCUCGAUUUUGGCAGGAGGCUUUUGAGGCUGCCUACGAGGAGUUGACUAGUGAUGUCCCUGGGACUAGAGAUGCUGCUAUUUCUGAGAUCGCCAAGAUGUCCGUCCGCUCCAUUGUUCUCGAUCCGCCUCCUUUUCAAUCAACGAGUGCGCGAGAAUUAAACAAGAGUCUGAAGUUAGUAGGGAAAGGUGUGGCAACUGCAACUUCAAGGAGCAGCGAUAAAUGAUGUGAAGAAAAUAAAAACCUUAGGCUUCAAUCUACAUAAUAUUCUACAGGGGCAAUUGCUCAUGUGUUGCUGCAAUCUGUGACAUGGUGGAAGGUGAAGCAUACUCGGUUCUUCGCGGUUUCAUAAUAGAGACAAAUUAUGUACUUAAUUAGGUUCUUGUUCUUCCAAGGUUUUGUUGGCACAAUCUUGUCUUAUGGCUGGACCUGAAAUAACCCUUUUCAGUAGAUGAAUUCAGUGAGAAAUUUUGAUCUUUUUUUAUAUAAAUUAAUUAAAGUGAAAGAAUUACUUUUUAA